AUGGAUUUCUUCCCUCCAUUCCUGAAAACCAUAACCAUAGCUACCGUCCUUGUUCUUCUUCUUUCUUACUCUCUCUUCUUCAGGAGACCCAAAUCACGAACAGGCAAACGACUUCCAGAAGCUGGGAGAGCAUGGCCUGUUAUAGGCCACCUGUUGUCCUUGGCAGGAACUCAGCUUCCCCACCUGAAAUUCGCAGAGCUGGCUGCUAAAUACGGCCCGAUUUUCAUCGUCCGGAUCGGUUUGUACCUAACCCUGGUUGUCACCACUUCGGAGCUGGCUAAAGAACUCUACACCACCCACGAUGCAUCCAUAUCGUCGCACCCGGAUCUCACUGCUUCGAGGAUUCUGAGCAACAACAGGGCCGACUUUGCAUUCACUCCGUACGGUGAUUAUUGGCGCCAGAUGAGGAAAAUUACAGCCCUGGAGCUGCUCUCCAGCCGCAGGCUGGAGCUGCUGAAACAAACAGGAUUUCUGAAGUGGAAGUGA